AUGGGCGACAAUAUCAAAGAAGCUAAAAUUAUGAAAGAAUUGCAUUGCAUAGCAUUAAUCAUAUACAUGCAUAGUAAAAUAGCUGGAAAAUUGGCUACUACAAAGGGAAGCUUAACUUAUCCAACAUCAACAUUGACCGAUAGUCAAAUUGAAAUCAGUCCUCUAGUUACAUCUAAAGCAGUCCAAACAAUAAGUUCGCUACCAGUAAAUACAUCUUGUACACCAAAUGGAAGUGGCAUCGAAACAAAAAUUACUAUUGCUGCAACACAAAAAAUUAACACAGCUACCAGCACUCGUGAUUCCCCACCACAUUCAUUUACGGUUGCAAAUAUAAAAUCAACCACACUUAAUGUGCCGACGCAAUCAGCAACAACUCAAACUCACUUUUUUGGUAUCCAAGCUACACAAACCCAACGGAUUGCAAAACAACAACAAAAUCAAUUACCAACAACUUUGAUUGAAAUCCAUACACCACAGGACUUAAAUUCACCAUAUCAUCAAUUACAACACCAGCGACAAAUUCAACCGCAACAAAUCAUAUUGCACCAUAAAAUUCAACCCCAACUGUCAUCACAAUUUCAAUCAAAUAAAACAACUUGUACAAAUGGUUUAGUCGGAUCACGAAACACUUUAAAAGCAAAUGACAUUGGUGAUUUAAAAAUUUUACCUGUGCCUAGCAGUGAUAUUGGGCCCGUCGUAUCAAAUUUAUUUAAUAACAAUAUAAAUAAUAAAGCGAGUCAAAAUAUUUGUGCAUCGCAACCAGUUUUAGUUUCGACAACUUCGCCAACAAAUAAAAAUGCAACAGAAAUAUUAUCUGUUAUUCCAACAAUCAAACAACCAAACGUCACACAACAAUCAAACAAACAAAACGUUACACAAACAUCCCUUAUAUCAAAAGAAACAUUUAGUGGUAGUAAUAGCCCAAAUUUAUUGGCAACACAUGUUGCAACAACAACCGGAACAUCAUUACCGCCGAUCAUUGUUAAAAUUGAACCAACACAUUCAUUUGAAAUAACAAAUGAGAAUGAUUCACGUGUACUCAGUUUACCAAUAUCUGAUUGUGAUCGAAUUGGUGCUAGUUGGGUUGAUCUCAAAGAUAUAACAGAUAUAUCAAAUAGCAUCGUAGAUGCAAAAUAUGAAAAUAUAACAAUCGCAGCUGCAACACCAACCGUUGCAGGAUGCAGUAGUAGUAGUAGCACAAGAACCAAUGGUAGAGGUCGCAGCAGCAGUAGUAGUGAAGUCGCCUCUAUAUUAAUUGAGAACAAUAAAACAAUUUCAAAUUUUAUCAACAGCAACGGAAAUGGUGAUAAUAGUAAUAGUGGUGGCCAGUUUAAUGCUUCGCCAAGCAUAGCAACUUCACAAAGUCCCAUUUCAAAUAUUGGUACGAAUUACAGGAGAUCUACUACAAACACUAUUAAUGAAACGUUAUCUCAUUUGACAAAAAAUAUAAAUUAUCAACAAAAGGAAACACAAACAAUGAAAGUGCAACCAGUAGCUGUUACAUUACCCAGCUCACCAUCAGCUACUGCAAAUAUAAAUUUUGUUGCAUCAUCGUCUACUGCAGCUACUCGAGAUAAUGUCACUGGAGCUAUGACAG